AUGCUCUCUGUUGACCACUGUCACAGUCGCGUCACACCGGAUCGUGAGCCGGUGGUUGGUGAAAGGCUCGCGACACCCUGUGACAGAAAGCUGAAAUCCGUCUUUGCUCCUCAUCAGUGUCUCUGGCGAAAACUUCAAACGCGUAAAAAUAAGACUUGGGAAGGCGACGGGAUCCUGUGCAUUCGAGGUUCUAGUUGUUACAUCAAGUCCCGUGAUGAUGGAUCCCAAGUGGCAUCUGGUCAAUGGGUAGUUGACCGCGAUUGUGUACCAGGCAAGAUUUACAUGGUUGGAGGCAAGGAGGUCGAAAUUGAUCAGCCAAUUUCUCAGCAAGAGCUAGAGCAAGAAGCAAAAUCAAACCGAUGGGACCACCCAGUUACCUCUGCACUUCCCGCCCAACCUCACGUUACCAAAACCAAAGUCGUCUCGAAAGUUACCCCCAAAGUCGACCUCAAAUUUAAACCUCCGAUGCGCCUUAACACCUUAAAUCGACCAUCGAACUUAACCCAGGUUGACCAGAGCAAAUAUUUUGCGAAACCAACUGCUGGUCAACCAUUCAAUGCCCCUUCCACCCUGCUCUCGAGUGGGCUCAAGCGCACAAAAGUCGAAUAUCUUUCUCAUGGUGAAAUUGACACGUUGACAACAGGAAAAGAGCCUAAACGAUUUAAGCCUCUUUUGCUCAAAACCUUGGACAGUUCGCCUGAGGUUAAGCCAAUUUCGCAAGAAGCACAUCAAGAUCGCGCUUUCGUCUGCCUAUAUCGCAAGCUCAAAGCCUCCAAGAACUCAACUUGGGACGGUGACGGUAUUUUGUGCAUAGAACGAUCGCAAAGGGGUCCUAUAGCUGUUUUAAAGGAUAGUACAAACCGUAAAGUAUUGGGAAGCACGCUUUUGGGACGUAACCCCAGCCUAGAAAGCGGUUCAGUGAUCCAGGUAGGAAGUCGAGAAGCUGAAAUUCAAAGGCAAGCCACAGAAUCAGAGUCAUUGGAUUGUGAGAGCAAUUCUCAAGAAACGAGGAAAGCUGAUUGGACUGACAUAGUUAAGAACGAGGCCCCCGUUGGGAGUUUCAAAGAUCCAAUGCUUAUCAAACGCACCAGCCACACUGGGCCAAAAUUUGACCCUCAAGCCGAGGGCGCGUUGGUUUUGACAAAACCUAGCACAGCAUGGUUGCUGAAGCACGACCUUCAGAAUGCCGCGAUCGUCGAUGUGGUAGUUGAUCCUUCCAUCGCCCGAUCACUCAGGCCACAUCAAGUCGAUGGACUCAAGUUCAUGUAUGAAUGCACUAUGGGACUUCGCGAAGUCGGCGGUCACGGCUGUAUCCUGGCAGAUGAGAUGGGUCUGGGAAAAAGCAUACAAGCAAUUUCCCUACUAUGGACUCUUUUGCGGCAAAAUCCUAUCUCAGGGCAAGGACCAGUUAUCAAGCGAGCAAUGAUAGUUUGCCCAGUCACAUUGGUGAAAAACUGGAAGAGAGAGAUACACAAAUGGCUUGGGAGAAGCCGGUUGAAUGUAUUUACAGCUGAUGGAAAAUGCGACUUUAAACAAUUUACCUGCAGCCUUUAUUACAACGUUUUGGUUAUCGGAUAUGAGAAAUUAAGAACUCUAUCCAAAGAGGUUAAUUCUAUUUACCCCCCGAUCGGUUUGAUUAUUGCAGAUGAAGGCCAUCGCUUGAGGUCCAUCGAGGCCAAGACGACGCAAGCUUUGAGGUCCUUGAAAACUAAACGGCGUGUGGUCUUAUCUGGCACUCCCAUCCAGAACAAUCUUACGGAAUAUUACGCCAUGGUCGAUUUCGUUAACCCUGGGAUCCUAGACGAUUAUCGCACUUUCAAGAAGAAAUUCGAGCAACCGAUACUCAAGAGUAGGGAACCUUGUUGUAACCCAGUUCAAAGAUCGGAAGGCGAGGCGCGAGCAGAGGAACUGGCUAAAAUGAGCCGCCAUUACGUGUUACGGAGAGGCUCUGAAGUAAUUCAAGAACACCUUCCCCCCCGGCACGAUUACUGCGUAUUCAUCUCACCCACAACUGUCCAAAGAAACAUAUAUGAAGCUGUGCUCGAUUCGCCGGAAACCAGAGCCAUUUUUUCCGGGGACAUCAGUCAGCAUCUCGUCCUGAUGAAUACUUUGAAACUCCUCUGUAAUUCGCCUGGAUUGUUAAUGAACGAAUAUUCGAUCAAAAGCUUGGGGCAAAUUUCUUCCACCUUAUUCCCAGCUUGGGUCACUCGUGAGGAUGUUCAACUUUCAGGCAAAUUGAUAGCAUUGGCAAAGUUUUUAGACAUCUUGAAAAAGAAGAACAACGAGAAAAUAAUUUUAGUGUCGAACUUUACCAAGACUCUUGACAUCGUGGAGAGUCAUUGUAAGGCGAGCCACUACCCAUUUUGUCGUCUGGAUGGUAAAACGGCCCAAAACCAGCGGGACAAUAUUGUCCAGGUCUUCAACCGAUCAUCCGCCAGCGCUCAAUUCAUUUUUUUGCUAAGUAGCAAGUCUGGUGGAGUUGGGCUGAAUCUGAUCGGGGCCUCACGGUUGAUCUUGUUUGAUGGGGAUUGGAACCCAGCAACUGAUCUGCAAGCAAUGGCACGGAUUUGGAGACAGGGGCAGCAAAAGCCGUGUCACAUCUAUCGCUUUCUCACCACAGGUACAAUUGAUGAAUGCAUUUUCCAGCGGCAAGUUACCAAGAUUGGUUUGGCGACAGAUUUGAUGAGUGCUCCCAAAGCUGGCGAGGAAACUGCAGGUGGUGGUAACACGUUUACGAAAAACGAGCUCAAGAGGGUUUUUGAACUACACAGCGAUACAGACUGUUAUACGCAUGACUUACUUGAGUGUCAGUGCCUAGAAAACAAAUCAAUCGAAGAACCAGAGGGGUGGAAAGAGGAAGACGAGAGGGAAGAUCCGAUGGCUUGUCUGGACCACUCAGAUUCUGAAGCCUCUCUUCCGGACGCAGACUUAUCAGGAUUCUUACCUGCAUCUAAGUAUAAACCAUCAGAGAAAGAAGAUGCAUUCAAGCUCAAAAGAAAGUUGGCCGAACUAGAGAAAUGGGUCCAUGUGAAUGCUACUGAUCCCAAAUCGGUGGAUGAGCUAGAAGAUGAAAUUCUUAAUCAAACCGUGUCAGCCUUGAAUCCCAACUUAUCCAAGAAAUCCGAGAAGCAUUCACAAGAUGAUCAAACGGCCAAAGAUGGCAUAAUUACAUUCAUUUUCACCAAAUCGAUUGGAUAG